GUCGUAACAAUCGCCACUCGUAUCAAGAUACUCGACAUUCGGAAGUUGAACUUUUUCUGCCAACAUAUAGUAUAUCAUACUGGAUGAAAGAUUUUUAUCCAAAUGUCAAUUUUUAUUCCUCCUUGUCAUUAUAAUUCUAGUUGAUGUUAGAAACAUCGACAAUAUCACGAGUAUAAUUGAUGUGUACUCAAAGGAAUAUAACGUAGUAAUACACGUUAAAAGUGUACAGGCGUUUUAUGGAUUAUCAAGGCAUGUUUGACAUCACAGAAACGAGUGUUCCGUUUUAGUAAAAAAGGAAUAAAAAUGCCGGCACCACCGCCACUACCUCCUGCUUUUACCGCGCCUCCUCCUGUGUCAGGCGAACAAGAUAGGAGUUUGUUGUUACAAUCAAUUAGAGAAGGAAAAGCUCUAAGGAAGACAGUUACGGUAGAUAAAAGCGCACCUGCUAUAAGUGGUAAAGUCAAAGGUGAUUCAACUUCUAUAACUUCCGGCAGUAGUGGUAACAAUGGCCCUAAUACAUUCAGUAGUAGUAUUGCUAAUAAUAACAAUAGUGGACCAAUAGGCCUAGGUGGAUUAUUUUCAAGUGGUAUGCCAAAGUUAAAGCCAACGGGUCUUAGAGGAAACACAAUUGAAAAAGAUUCGCAUACUACUAUUAAUAACAGUAAUUUCUCUAAUUCAUCUGGUAGUUUGAAUCAAAAUGUUAAACGAGGGCCUCCUCCAAUUCCACCUCCAGCUACACAAAAACCUCAAGUAUUUCCUCAAGUAUCAAGUGGAGCAGAUUCAGCAAAUUCUAAUACAGAUGGACAUAAAGGCUUUGGCAAACCAACACUCGCGCCUAAACCACCACCACCAUCCACAGCUCCUCAGAAACCAUCGCCACCUCCUAAGAAAUUAAGUUUAACAAGUUCUGGGAGUGUCUCAAGAGCACAAAGCAUGAGGUUACCCAGGUCUCCACCAGUUCUUGCCCCAACACCACCAUCCCUUCAUCAAUCGCAGGAUUGCUUAAAUGAACCUCAAUCAAGACCCACGAAUCGUGUUCUUAGACCUCCUAUUGCUAGACCACCAUCUCCUCCAAUAUCCAGAGCGACAUCUUCAAUGAUGAUAACAAGAGCAGCACCACCACCACCUUCCAGAGUUACGGUUACAGCCCCCUGCAUUCCUCCGCCACCUCCACCUCUUCCGCAUCGUCCUCCAACUCACCAAAGAUUGGCUGCACCUCCACCUCCACCACCAACACCUCCUACGAGAGGCUCGUCGAUGAGAAAUGGACAAGCUACAAAUUCUAAUCUUGAUUUGGAGAUAAGAUUUGCAGAAAUGUUUCAUUCUGUUUCGAGUUUUCCACCACCAGAACCUUUUAGAGGAUUUACAAAGAUUUACAGCAGUAGAAAUGCUGCAAAGCAACAGGCUCCAGCACCGCCUCAACAAACAUCUAAUCCAAAUACAAUACUUCCCUUAAGUGUUUCGUCUAGUAACAGUGGUAAUACAAUGCAAUCAACGUGGCAUGUUAAAAACUUUUAGUUACCUAAGUUAUCUCAUUUUGUUUAUGAAAAAAGAUCAGCAUUUAACAUUGUUUUACACAUUAACAAAAUAGUAAUGUGUGAAUACAUAGAAAAAUUGUGUUUGCAGAGAAUCUAAGUUACUGUUAUUGAAAGUGUAUUGAGAAGGUCUAUUUAGAGUUGUAAUUAUAAUUAAAUUUAACAAAAAGAAAAAUCUGAGGAGUUAUUACAUAGUAAUUGAGAAUAUAAAAUUUCCUUCUAAAGUGCAAUGAUACUCUGCUCUGUAAUAAAUCUGUUUAUAAUGCUUUUACGUAAUAUUUAAUACUGCCAGACUUUCAAUUUUUCUAUGUUUCAGUUUUAAUCCUUUAUUAUAUGUCAGACAUUCUUUCAUAAAAAUUUCAAUGCACAAAAAAAUUUCAUAUUAUAUCUAUGAUUAAUAUAGGUAUAUUUAAGUUAAAACUAACAUGAGAUCAUAAACUUGUUAAAUAAUGUUGGAAAACAAUUGCAACAAUAAGUAUUAAUGCAACCUAAUUGUUAAAAAGUUCAUAUAUACAUGCAUUAUGUUGUAACAUUAUUUAAAAAAUAUAAAAUGUUACAUAUUUUUAUUUCUAUCAAUAGUUUCUCAUAAUCCAUUAUUUCAUAUGUACAUUUUCAUAGCAAACGAUUUCUGAUAUGUAAGUAUAAUCAGGGGUAAAAUUAAACUGAGAAAUAUCUUAGUUAUAUUCAAAACUGAUAUUUAUUACGAAUUAUAAAGAAAAAUAUUUUUUUAACUAGGAAACUCUUCUCUCGGAGAUCUUCAUUAAAGUAAUAUAAAGGAUGACUAGAAUCUAAUAUAAUAAUAAAACUCAUAUUAAACAAAAAAAAAAAACAAAACAAAAAAGAAACAAAAAAAAAUUCAAAUGUAUUCAAUUAUGAUCGUAUAUUAAGUAUUGAAAAAGAAAAAAAAAAUAUUAAUAAUUUGAAUAAUAUUGUAAAAUAUAUUUUGAGAAAUUCAACACAAGCAUGGAAGUUAAAGACUGUAUUGUGUUGUGUAUCUGUAUAUAUGUAUAUAUAUAUAUGUAUAUAUAUAUAUAUAUAUAUAUAUAUAUACAUAUAUAUAUGUAACAAUAUAUUUAAUUUAUUCAAUUUUAUUAUAGAAAGAAAUAUAACAUAUCUUCGCAAUUCGAUGAACUAUAAGGAAAAUACCAUAAUGUGUAAAGAAUAAAUAAAUUGGAAGUACUGAAUUGUGGAUUAAAUAAAAAUAAAUUAUAUAUAGGGCGAAGGGGGGGGGACGAUAUUAAAUGGCAUUGUAUACGAAUUUAAUUAACGCGAUUAUUUUCUAAAAUUUUCAUAACAUUGCAUUAUUUAAUACAAGGUAGCAUAAGUAAUUUGUAAGAUUAAAACAUAUAAACAAAAUCAUAUUUUUUAUA